UUGCAGAGACCUUACGAUCGACCAUCAGGUGUUUCCAACUUACCAGCUGAGAUUUACACCCCAUCUGAGCCGCCAGCUUGUGGUUUAAUCAUUGAUGCUGGCAAAGAGUAUUUACUCACAGCUAAGUUGGGUGACUACAGACGUUAUGGUUCAGGAAAAAUAAACAAUGGAACACUUCAUACUGUGCUAUGUGGUCAAGUGCUCGUUGACAACCCUUCAGAAGAACUAUACGAAAAC